AUGAAUAUGUUAUCCAUUUUUCUGACAAUUGCAAUAUUGUUGAUCGGUGGAAUUCAUUCGGCACCUUGGGAUGCUGCUACUUUUGCUGACGAUGAAUGGACCGGACAACCAACAACAACGACGACGACGACAACAACAACAACGACGACGACGACGACAACAACAACGUUAGCUCCUGAAUUUGAUCGCGAAUGGGAAGAUCUUAUCUUAGGGGGACCUACAGUUGUCAAUCAUCUUGGCUUAUUCAUGGUACUUGCAUCACGUGCCGAUCAAAUUUUGCAGCCAGCUGCUGGAUACCAGGUUCAACAUAUUCAAAAUCUACAAUCUCUACGUGCGACAUUGACUCAAAUUCGAUUAGCAAUGCAGAAUGUUUUUCAAACAGCACGUGAUGAUCAUUUCCGUGCUCAAAAUAGUAUGCAACAAAUUCCAGAACAUAUCAAGGCAGGUCUUCUUCUAAUUCAAACAGCACCAACGGAUCUUAUCAGCAAAUUAUUACCGUAUACAAUGCGCAAUGUCGAACGUGCCGCUGAUGAAGGAUCACUCGUUACCAAACCGGCACUUCAGCGCUUUGUUUCAAUCGGAUUAUUAUUGGAAGAGCUUGUCGCCGUUCUUAAUUCUACGCCGUCAACACCCACAAAUGCGGAUUAUUUGGUUGAAGCGAAGUCCUACGCUGCUGAUAUAAGCGAGCAAUGGAAUCUUCUGGUAGACCUCUUCAGAAAAUUCUCCCAUCGCGCUGAUAUCACUCAAACACUUAUUAAAAAUAGUUUCAUAGAGCCCAUUAAUGAAGCACAAAGAACGAAUGGGUUUAAUAAUAUAAGUGACCGUACCAAUCAACUUAGCAAACUAAUUCCAGCUUCGAUUCUUAUUGAUCAAUCAUCAGAUCUAUUAGAUAUGAUGAUAGGCACAUAUACUGUAGUAUCAAAUGAUCAUAUGGUCAAUCAAAUUGAUGCACAUAAGAGUGCUCUUAAUAUCGCAGACGAACAAGGACGAGGAAAAAAGCAACGAGAAUUAUGGCAAAAUAUAUUACAACAAUCGAUAAAAGUUGCUCGUCUUGCACAAGAACGUCAAACCGGAUUUGCUGCAACUAGUGUAGAGCGAAAUGUAGAAUAUGAUACUUAUGCAAGAGCUGCUAUGGCCACUUAG